GUCGUGGGUGCACGAGUAGAAGCCAUGCUCUCGCCGAGAAAUUCGUUGUUGCUUCCGAGAAGAUUUUAUUCUGAUGAAGAGAUGCGGCCAAGUAUUUCUAAUCCGUCAGACAUGGGUUUGAAGAACUUGACAAAACAUAUUAACGGCCUAAAAAAAAAAAUUAAAAAGUAUGAAGACGAGUUUGAGGAGAAUUUUGGCUAUCGACCGAGUCACUGCGACAAAAUGAGUAAUCGCGACAUCAAGCGGCUGUGUACAGAAUUGAGUAAGCUACGAAAGGAACACAAAAUGCUGAAAGAAGAUCCAGUAGGUACGCUCUUGGCUAACGCCAAUAAUCGACUGAACACUGCCGACAAUCCCAUAAACAACAAUAACAGCCAUGAAAAGUCCCGAUCGACAUCAAUGGAGGAAAUGAUGAAGGAAGUUGAAAAAAAACUCAGUGAGAAACGGAUAAAAUAUAAUCGAUCCGAUAAUAUGGAAGAACUCAGCUAUGAGCAAUUGUUGGACGAGAAAACGGCCGUACAGAAAGCUCUGCUUCAUAUCGAGAACACUUUUGGCAGACCAGUUUCCAAGGAAGAUAGAGCAGUCGUUCGACCAUUGUAUGAUCGGUACAGAACAUUGAAGAGAUUGCUAAUUAGAGCAGGCGCGAUCAAAAACAAGGAUAGUGUUUCGGAACUAGCUACGAUUUUGGAGCAUGAAACGAUGGAUUUUACAUCAUCAAGUUUGCCAAGCAAUUCUGUCGACUUCGACAGGAGAGCAAGCGAGCCCGACAUGUCUCACCGAGGUAUUUUGGAUUGUAUCGAUUCCAUGGAUCAAUUACCGACCGAUAGCGAUAGUCAACAUAGCAGUAGUGAAGGGAGUCGUGGGAUUGGUGAAAGUUUGCACGCUCUUCCUCAAGAGGAAUUAUUGAUGCAGCAACGAGCUACUCGAGAAGAAAAGAAGCGACUCCGCAGAGCGUUAAAGGAAUUAGAAGCACAGUUUGAAGCCCGUGCCGGUCGUCGUAUGCAACGCGAAGAUCGCGGGCCACAAGUCAUCAUCGUAUACGAAUCCUACAAGCAAGCAAAGGCGAAAUUGAGACUCAUCGACGCUCUCAUAGCAAAGAAGGCUUGACGCAAUAUUUAAUGCAUAACGAAUAGCUGAUUUGAAACAAUGCCGUCGAAACUGUCGACCAAGAUGUGGAUGUCCAGAACUGGACAUAUUUGCACAUCACAGAUACAGUACAUUCAGUACAUUCAGUAGUUGUAUCUGCAAUAUCACAUCAUAAAGUUACGAUCAAAAGGCCUGAACAAACAGAGCAUCUAUUGAAGCGAUAUUUAAUAUAACAAGAAUUUAUCGUCCAAAAUAAAAAAAGAUUUUGAAAGCAAAAAUCAUGGAAGUAGAUGAUGAUUAUAAGCAUAAAACUUAUAUUUUGCUUUUGUAUGUUUGUGAGUACCAAUCUAGAUCGAUCUUGUUUUAUUUUGAAAAAAAUUCCGUGACGACAUUCAGAAAAUAAUACGAAAUGUUUUUGAUAUUAGUGCCUAUUAGGCCCUGCACACAAUAAGAAAACAUUAGGAAUAGGAAUAAAUAUUUAAUAUUAAAAAUAAGAAAUUAUAAUUAUUUCUUUACAAAACAAGAAAAUAGAAUAAAGUAAUGCAUCAUAAAUUAAAACAUAAAAAUGUGGAAUAAUUAAUCUAUUCCGUUCUCUUGUUUGAUGUAACAUUAUUUCAAAUUCCUUUUUCUAAUUUUUUCUCUAUUGUGCGCAGGACCUUACAAGAUAUUUGCUUUAAACAAUAGAAUAUGUUGAAAAUAUACAUAAAUUAAUGAUUUUAUAGUGCGCAAUAGAAUAAAAACACGUCUACAAAGUAAAAAGAAAAUAUCGAAGCACACUCGAGAUCUUUAACUACUUACAAAUUUUAAGAAAAGAAUAAUUAUCAUAAUACAGACAUACAGGGUGACAAUUGGUGUAACAUCUCUCCUAGGCAGGUAGAAGGAAUAAAACUGAAUCAAAAAGUCUUACCAUUUUGCAGGAUUUGCAAUAAUUACCGAGAUCUUAAUUAACAAAGAUCCGCGAAGCAUACAUUAGGCGCGCUUCGUGCAUUUACGGUGUUAUCUGUAGCAAUGUAUGGAAAGAACUAAUAUAACAGCAUAUACUGGCUGCGUUCGGGGAGCGCACUAUCUGCGCUAUUGCAUCAUUUUAUCUUUAUCACUCACUUAGAUAAAAAACAAAGAUAGCUAUUAUAACAUAUACAUGAUAAAAGUUAACCACGCGAAGCGCUCCGGGCUACGCGCGUAAGAGAGCCCGAUGCAUGCUUAUUCGCGGAUUUAUUAAUUAUGAUCUCAGUAACUAUUGCAAAUCUCAC